AUGCAAGAAGUUGGGGUCAACAUUUUUGGCGGUGUAGAGUUUAGUAAAACCCAAGGAAGAAUGACCCUAAGACAUGCAAAGAUCUCCUUAUGUUGUUGCAACUGCACCGGUAGCCCUCCGUCCGAUGGUAUAACUCAUCUACAAGGCCCAGUACCUUUCUCGGCACCCUUGAGCUGGGGAUAUGUCGCUAUUCUAGAAGAGGUAUAUCUGGAGAAUAUUUCAGCAUUUCUUCCUUCAUUCACCUACUCGGCGCCGCAAUCGCUGUACCCGCCCUCCCUGCCCAUUGCGACUGGGCCCAGGCUCGCUUUACAUACUGUAACAGUGAAGCAGCCUGGAUUCCCCACUCGUUGUUUACUCACUGUUAUAGUAUGUAAAGCGAGCCUGGAGGAGGAAAUAUGGAAGCUAAUUGAUACGAACUGUUGGCCGUUUCAAGUAGUAGGAGCGAGAUAUGUGCCCCCACGACGGUCUGACAGUAGUGAAAGGUUGUAA